AUGCGACCAAGUCAAUCAAAGGAAUCUGCACCAUUUUCAAGUUCUACUUGCGCCUCCCAAAAUUCUUUGUUUCUUUCUGAUAAUGCGCUUUCUUUAAGUCGAUCUUUGCAAUCACUCGGCGGACUUGGGAAGCCAAUAUCUGCAGUUCAACGACUUAGUCCCUGUGUUGAAAGCCUUACCAAAGCUAUUGGGAUGAUUGUCAACUUCAAGGAUGAUGCCUUUGCAGCAGCAGCUAACGUCCCGAAGUUAACGCGUCUCCUUGACCCAAAUUUAUCGACCCCAGAGAAUCAUUACAAUGCCUGCGUUAUCUUGCACAAACUUUCUGAAAAAGAGGCGUCUCGAAAUAGCCUAGCCUACCAUCCCCAAAUAAUCGAGAGCUUGGUUCACUUGCUUCAAACAACACAGGAUAUUAAUACGCAGACAGAGGCUGUGCUGGCAUUACGCAAACUUUGCUAUGCUAAGCCGGCGCUGUCUGCAGUGCGUAGUGUUCUUUCCGUCCACAAUCUUGUGGAGUUAUUGAGUCACCCAACGGAGUCGAUUUUCCUCACCGCCCUGUCUAUCCUGCAUCGGCAAAUGCUUUUCCUUCCGCAUACGACUCGACCGGAGGUGAAGGAUUGCGGUGGGCCCAUCCAACUAGCCAGUCUCUUCACUCCUGAGAAGAUUGCUGAUCCUGCCUGGCUGACUGUCUGUGCUGAUGCCAUUCGUAUGACUGCCUAUGAGGACGCUGAAACGAAGCUCAUUCUACUGGAUUGCGACAUUGCGGAAAAAAUCGUCUACCUCUUGAAUAUGGGCCCAAAAAAUGAGAAAUUGCAACACGCGCUUGCGCGUCUCGUCAAAGUGCUUAGUGCUUCAACUGAAUGCAAACAAGGUUUAGUAGAGGCCGGUGCCGUUCAGGUUUGUCAUAUGUAA